CCCGUCAGGAAGGGACAUAAACAAAACAAACCCCAGAGCGGCAUGGAGGGGCCAGGGCCGGGCUGCAGCCACAGCAGAAGCGGGCCCCCGAAUUGAGAGUCCCCCUCGUCCCCCGACUGGUUUGGGGCGUCAGUCCCCAAAGAAAGAAGAAUCCCAUGUAGUCAACGUGAAGCUUUUUAAAGAGAAAAUCUGUGACUCUCCAUUGCAUGAGUUAUAUGCUACCUACUAACCCUGAAGAAAAGCUGGAAAGGAAGUUACAGGCAAGGAAAACGAAAAGUUUGGAAUUGGACUUGGAGGAUCCAGGCCUGGAAAUGCCUCAGCCUAGUGUGAGUGGAAUGGACCCUCCUUUUGGGGAUGCCUUUCGAAGCCACAUGUUUUCAGAACAGACUUUGAUGAGCACAGAUCUCUUGGCAAGCAGUUCUGAUCCAGAUUUCAUGUAUGAAUUGGACAGAGAAAUGGAUUACCAGCAAAGUUCCAGGGAUAACCUCCUUUCUGCAGAGGACUGUAAAGAACUUGAGAGCCUGGAAUCUUUUACAGACAUUCUGGAUACUGAAAUGUCUCUCCCUUCAAAGUGGGAACAGUGGGACACUUACUGUGAAGAUUUGACAAAGUACACCAAAUUAACCAACUGUGACAUCUGGGGAACAAAAGAGGUAGACUAUCUGGGCCUGGAUGAUUUUUCAAGCCCAUACCAGGAUGAAGAGGUGAUCAGUAAAACUCCAACUCUGGCGCAGCUCAACAGUGAGGACUCUCAGCCUGUCUCAGAUCCACUGUGUUACUCAGAAUUGCUGUUCAAUGUAAAACAAAGCCAGUUAACUUCUCUACCAGCAAAGAAGAUCACGACGAGAGCUGCAGCCCCAGUUUGUUCGUCCAAGACUGCUCAGGCUGAGGCACCUUUAUCGGAAUUUGCUCAAAAAGCAAGCAAGGCCAAUUCAAGCACGCAAAUUGUAGUGAAGACCAAUGUGUACAGCAAUGAGAAGGUGAACAUUCAUGUUGAAUGUAAAGAUUAUGUUAAGAAGGCAAAAGUAAAAAUAAAUCCAGUACCCCAGAGUAGGUCUGCAAUGAGCCAGGCUUAUGCUGAUGCUGCAAAAGAAAAUACUUGCUACUGUGGAGCUGUAGCAAAGAAACAAGAAUGGAAAGGGACUGACUCCCCUCAGAGUCACAACGCUCCUAUUUUGCCUUUUAAAGAGACUCAGGCUCUGCUCCUCACUCCACCCCAGGAAACUCCAGGACUAAUCGCUGAGGAGAGCAAUCUCUCUGCCAGCACAUCUGUUUCAGAUCCAUCACAGAAAAAGGAAGAACACAACUAUUCUCUCUUUGUCACAGACGGCUUGGCUGAGCAGGCAAGCAAAGCCGAUCCUGAGGAGGAGGAGGAAGAUGAGGAGGAAGAUGUAGAAGAUGAAGACCAUGAUGAAGGGUUUGGAAGUGAGCACGAACUGUCUGAAAACGAUGAAGAGGAGGAGGAUUAUGAGGAUGACAAAGAUGAUGAUAUCAGUGACACUUUUUCUGAACCAGGAUAUGAAAAUGACUCUGUAGAGGACUUGAAAGAAAUGACUGCAAUAUCUUGUCGGAAAAGAGGCAAACGACGAUAUUUCUGGGAGUAUAGUGAGCAACUGACACCAUCACAGCAGGAGAGAAUGUUGAGGCCAUCUGAGUGGAAUCGGGACACAUUACCAAGUAACAUGUAUCAGAAGAAUGGACUACAUCACGGGAAAUACGCUGUUAAGAAGUCACGAAGGACUGAUGUAGAAGACUUGACUCCCAACCCUAAAAAACUGCUACAAAUUGGGAAUGAACUGAGGAAACUGAAUAAAGUUAUCAGUGACUUGACACCAGUCAGCGAACUUCCCUUAACAGCUAGACCAAGGUCAAGGAAAGAAAAAAACAAGUUAGCCUCCAGGGCCUGCCGACUAAAAAAGAAAGCCCAGUAUGAAGCCAACAAAGUGAAACUGUGGGGUCUCAACACAGAAUAUGAUAACUUGUUGUUUGUGAUCAAUUCAAUCAAGCAAGAAAUUGUGAAUAGGGUGCAGAGUCCUAAAGAUGACAGAGGAACCAAUAUGGGACAGAAGUUUGAUGUGCUUAGUAAAGAUACUUUAGGACCACCUGUAGCUGGGCAAACAUCUGAAUUUGUGAACCAGGUUUUAGAGAAAACAGCGGAAGGAGAUCCUACAGGGGGCCUCGUAGGGCUUCGAAUACCUACAUCAAAAGUUUAGCAGACAUUAGUUUAUCCAUUUUCAUUUGUCAGAACUCUGCCUGUGUCAUGUACUACAUUGUAAAUUAAUUCUGGUCUGCAUGUGAGUUCAGCAUCAUUUAAAAUACAGUUUAAGUUGAAUCAUUUUUUCCUUUUUAGAACAAUGUAGUAAAAUGUGUGAUAUAAAAUGCUUAAUGGCAUGAUAUAAAAAUGCUUAAUGGCAUUUUGGAGCAUAAACCUUGUAGUUUUAAGUCUGCUUCUGGCAUAAAUGUGGUGGCUACAUAUUCAUUUUAAAAUUAAGUUUAUCUAGGACCAGAUUAUAUAACUUACGUAGGAGCAGUACAUGAUUUUGCAAAUAAAAUUCCUGCAAAAUGCCAAACAUUAUGAUAGGUUUAUGCUCUAACUAAAAUAAAAACGUAAACUCUCAUUAAGGGUUUUGUUUUUAGAAUUAUUGCUCUUUUGUUCUAAAUCAAACAGUAAGUUUUCUUUGCAACCAUAACUUGUACAUAGCACACCUGGCAAUAAAGCUAGUGUGCCAUAUAAAAAAUAUAAUUUUCUGAGCUUGAUACGGUAUUUAAAUGUCUGUGCAAGUAAGAAAAAAAUGUAUACUCUUUGUGCCUUGUAUUAAGGGGAGGUUGGGUGGGUGGGGAGAAAUAUAACUAUAAGCUGGUAAAAGACUUUUGUAUAAUGAGAAACCCUUGUGGGGGACAAGAUGUAUAGAUGGUCUCAUGGGUUUUAAUGUAUUUGUUCCAGCUCUUACAAAUUUUUGAAUGUAUAUAGGAAUAUGUUGAAAAUGUAGAUAUGCCACAGAGUCUAUGUAUUGUAUAAAAGAUGGCUCUAGAAUACUCAAUUUCGGUACUUGGCCGGAAGAAAACAAAUACUUGCACAUUAAUGCGAUUGUUUAUUUUUGUACCAAAGACAAAUGCAACUGAUAUGGCGAACUGCCAGUUUAAGUAAAGUUUUGCACAGCUUACAUGAUACUGUACUGAAUGUAUAAAAAGAAAAAAUAUUAAAGGUCAGGGUUAGGGAUCUUACUGAACUGUGAAUUUCUCUCUCUCUGGGUCCAAUUAUCUACAGAAGGAGCAUUCAUACAUAACUAUUAUUUUGCUGUUCCUCUAGUUUGCUUCAUAGUAGAGAAGUUGGCCAUCUAGAAGUCUGUAAAUCCUUUUUUUCUGCAUUUACAGUAGAAAAUUUUAAUAUAUUUGGAUUUUAGUAAGCUAUUGGUAAAAUAUAUUUGAACUUUGAGAAUUUAAAAAAAGUUUAGCUUGUAGUAUACUUCCAAACAACCAAAAUAAGAAUUAUUUUUAUUGUGAUGUGUAUAUAUGUAAAGAGAGAAGAGCUACCAAUAUUGAAUUCCUUAGUUGCCACUUUUCCAGUUGUUGUAUUAUUGUGCAUGUGAUGUUUCCAAGGAUUAACACAGGCUAAAAAAAGAAUUUAUAGAUUUUAUAUUUUUGUACAGAUAUUUCAACUAGCUUCUUCAAACUUCUACGUGACAAUGUUAACUCAGUAGUUUCUAUCAGUGGAGAAAUACAAACGUGCGUGCAAUUCCGCUCACAAGAGUCUGCUUUGUUAGUCAGUGUUAAAGAACCAAUGAAAAGCUUUACCUCUUAAUGAGAGAAUAAUUUAUGUGAAGACAAAAUCAUUCUCUGGUUUCAUGAAUGCCUUUCUUCCCCUUUAUUUUAUAGACUACAUAACACUGUUUUAUGAAGAAUACCAAAUAAGUCUUUUGUUGCUCUAAGCAAAUGCAAAAAGCUCAUGAAGGUUUUUCCCCUAUCCUUUAAAUACGUUUUGUUGUGCAGUUCCUUGCAUCUAAAUGAGAGCUGGGAAUCUCUGUGUUGCUGUGUGAAAACAGUGCAUUUUACCUUAAAAAGAAAAGUUGAAAUAUUGGGAAAAAGCCAAUACACCACUACAGAGUUGUAGCACCAGAAGCCUUUUCUCCCAUAUUCACCUCUCUGCUUCAUAUUGUUGUCUUACCCUUUAAAAAACCUACAUGCAACAACCCUAAAACGUAUCCAAAAUACUGAUGAAACUUCAGCAGAAAUGUCAUGACAGAUCAUAAAUCUUUUUCAAAUGCAAUUGAAGGAACUGCAAGCCUGAAAUUGUGCUGGCAUAUCAAAGAUUUAUCUGGCAACGCUUGGGUUGGAGACCUAUGUCUUCUUACAUCCAUCUAUCCUGGCACGUUUUAGCAGAGUUCAGUUUGACUGAACAGCGUUUAAAUGUUGAGAGUCCAACACUCAGUCAGGAUUUGGCUGCCACACAUACUGACAGACAGCAAGAGCUUAGGCUUCUCAGAGCUGAUUCUGCGGCUUUUUUUGUUGUGCAUGUCUGAAAACCAGAAUAUGAUUUUGAUCUAGCAUUGAAUAAAAAAGACUUUGAAUCUUUUUAGUGGAUUCCAUACCCUUGCAUUUCAGUGUUUUCUAUGUAUUAAGUUAUAGUCAAAAAGCUUUUAAAUAGUUAAGCUUUUUAAUGGUGACACUUUAUUUUGUAUCUAUUUAUAUAUGUAUAUCUUAGAAAAGCACUUUGUUUAAAAAAGAAAAAAAAGAUAUUGCAUUUUAUAUGAUUCCUGCCAUUUGCUGCUAACUCUGGGCUGGUCAGAAUGCUGCAGCGAUACUUGAUCUAAAUAAAACCUGGCAGUAAAAUGUAGAGUAAAGUUAAGACCUUUGGUGGUUUAACUUUAUUGUAAAGAUGACAUAGGCAAGCUGUGCAGCUUUACAUUUUAACCAGGGGACUCUGUGGCAUUUAAACCGUCUAGAAAUGGUUGUACUUUUAAUGCCAGUAACAAUCUGCUUCCUCUAGUGUCAUUAAAUAUAUGUUUGGUGUAUACUCAUCACAAAGAUUUUUAAAAACCAAAUGUUCAUGUUUUUGUUUGGGAAAUUGUGGCAUGCAUUUUUGGAUGAUUAUCUUUAGAGGAGUUCUCUAAAGGUUUUUGGUGUUCAUACAUGGUAUGUGGAUCUUAUUGAAGUCUUGGGUCACUUUCUGAGUGUAGGCAUCGUGACUAUUCUAAUGUCAUCCAAAAGCAAUUAUACACUUUAUUUUUUAAAAAAAUUCUAAACCUCUCUCAUACACUGGAUUCUUUGGAAUUUUUCCAUGUUAAGGCAUGCUUUUACUAAAAAUUUCUUGGUCAAAUUGAGUGCCACACUUCUAUUUUUGAAUCGAUAUGAGAAACGGCUUAUUCUGUACCAUGUAUGGUUCUUGUCCUUUACACAUUUUCUCCAUUGACAGAUUAUGAUGUGGCUUUAUAUUGUGCCUUACUUGUAUAUUAGAAAUAAGUUUAUUUUCAUUCCCCAGGACUCCUUAAACCCUUGAAUCCUUUUGGAAGCAAAGGACAAUAAAAGUAUCAUGAAGGAACUUCAAAUACAUUUGAUUUAACAUUGUAUUGAUAGUUUGUACUGGCAUAGGGUGACCACUUUUUCAGUUUUGAACGAUAGGAUUUUAUAGUAAUUCCACUACAUCUCCUUACAAAAGCUUCUCUGCCUUUUUUGAUUUUAUCAAGCACCUCUUGAUAUUAUUCACUUUCUGGGGCUCAUUAGUACUAGUCUUCUUGCUGGUUAAGAACUGGCUCUUUCUACUCCAGUAUCAAUGCAAACAGCGACUCUAAAAGAAUCGGGCACAGAUCUAAUUAAGUUCACUAGUUUGGUCAGUGAUUUCUUUCUAAACUCAAACUGAGGUCUAGUGGGAAAAUUUCUGUAAGAUUAAAGGUCGUCUUAAAUAAUCUUAAAGCAACAGACAUUUCUCAAAUACCGUACUGUUUGGGUUUCAUUUCAAAGUCUAUAUUCUGAUGUUUGCCUUCAUUAAUAAAUCUGCUUGUUUAUUCACAAAUGUCAAUAACUGAUGUAUUGUUUCUCUUUAAGUCUUUUAAAUACGGCUAGCUUUCAAAAUGGUAAAAGCCUCCUACCUGUUUUUGAUGGGUUAUAUUAUAUCUUGCCUUCAGAAAAAAAAAAUAGCAUAGCCAGUCUAUUUCUUGACUUAUUUAGCAGUCUUCCUAGAAUUCUGUUGAGGCACCUUUAAAGUAUAUAAUACAGACAGUCAGGCUCUGAGACCUGAACUUCACAUCUGUAAUCAUGAUUUUAGCUGUAGCUGUCAAAUCAUGUAGUUUAGUAUGCCACCAAAUGGAAGCCUAUAUUUUGAAUAGCUGAAAUCUGCACAGAAGUGCAGUUCUCUUUUUAUUUUUUUACCUGAGGGAUUGUGCAAAGUACAUUUCAAUCAGUUACUAAUACAAUGGCUGAUUCUUUCCUUUUUUAUUAUUGCAUUUAAGGGCAUUACCAUGUUGAGAGCGCAACACUUAAAAUAUUUCCAAUAUAAAUGGGAUGCUUUGUCAACAUCACGGAAAUGGCACUUUAGCAUAUACUUCCUUCACAGCAUUCUAAGCUUGAUUGGAUUUUGUACUGAUAUGUGUGCUUUAUGGUCUGUCUUAUUUUUCCCCUGUUGGUCUAAUGUGGUAGAAAGGUGUUUGCGCAAUGUUAUGCUUAGCCUGUUAAGACAUUCAUGAACUUCCACAAGAGCAUAUUGAUCAUGCACUUUUCCUCCCUGAUCUUCAACAACAGCAUCUUAGAAGCAAGACUUGUUUGAUCUUAAUUUACUUCCAUGUGAGACAUUUAGGAUUCGUAGCCUUAGUCUGUCUUCAACUAAAACCAGAACUAACAAAUACAGUUCUGUUAUGGAAUUAGACCAGUAGUUCUAAUUUAACAUUGUCUUUAGGAAGCCAGCUGAUGUGGACCAUGAAGGCUCUUGUAGGCCAUAGCUGAUUUAAUUUUGGCUUUUAAUCUUAAGCAGACAUGCCAUGCCUUUUAUAAUGUAAAGUUUUAACUAGAUGUCUACUGCUACUAGACAUUUACUUAGUAUCAGCCACAUCCAGAUAUAAAAGACUUGAAAGAAAUGGGAUAUUCUGAAUUGGUUAGGCUUUAAGAAUAACUUCAUUCCCAGUGGUAUUCUGUGGAUUGAAGAAUUGAAAACCAGCCUGUGAUUCUGCAAUAUAUUUCACAAAUGGAGUUUUUGACCAAUUGUCCUGCUUUUUAUUGGGAAUAAACUCAUAUUUGAGAUUAAAAACUCUAAGGCUACCAUCCUAAACAUGCAUAACUGAAGUAUGUUAUCCUGCAGUCAUUGGGACUGGCUUCUAAGUGAACAGGUUGAGGAUUGGGGUAUAAGGCUGAUAGCAUAUGCAAGCACAGAAAAGUUUUUGAAAGGCAAAAAAAGUAUUUAACAAAUAUGGUCACCUUCCUAUGCUUGGAAUCAUGUUUGUAAUGCUAUUAAUGUUCUGUAGUCCAUUUCCAACUGGAGCUCAGACAAAUGUACUGAAGGUCUUGUCUCUGUUUAGAAAAUUUACCCUGUUAAAAAGCAUGAUCUGUUUGAAACUUUUAUAAUGUUUUAAUGUUGUGUAAUUUUUUUUCUUUUUUUUAAAAAAAGAGGCACAAUAAAAACAUUGAUUUGUUUACUCUGUCACCCUUGAGCCCGAGCACUUCCAUUCAAAUACAAACUCAUCAAUGUAUGCAACAUCCUUUGUAAUUGAAAAUAAAUUGUGAAGAGAAGUUCUGACA